AGAGAAGGCACCCAAGGGCGAGACGGGACGGGACGGGACAGGACAGCGGCAGAAAGAGGCGCUGGGGAGAGAGGGAGCGCGGACUCCGCUGACCUGUCUGCCAGUCUCCCACUCUCCAGCCCCGGGCGGGGGUUCAGACUUUGGAACCGGACGAUGACCUCCCCUCUGCUGCUGGUUCUCUGGCUGCACGGCUGCGUCCUGGCGGCCGGGCUCCGCGCCUUUGUCCCGGGCUCCGGGAUGCGGUCCAAGUCGGUGCAAAUUGAAGCCGAGCUCUCUCGCUACCUGCACACCGUCAGCCCUCGGUUCCUGUCGGUGGCGCUGGACGCCUCUCUGCUCCGGCAACAUGCUCUGGAUCUGUUGCGAUCAGAGAAACUAAUCACUUUAACAAGAGCCCUGUCACCUGGAUAUCUGAGGUUUGGCGGAACUGGAGCUGACUUUGUUCUAUUUGAACCAAAUGAUACUCGAUUUUCACCUUAUGACCAUAGCUGGAAGUCUCCAAAAACACAAGAUGACUGUCUAAGUCUGCUUCCUUUGAAACUGGAAAAGUAUCUGAUGCAUCUUUGGAGUUUGAAAGCACCUCUCAUGGUGAAAAAUGAAUUCCAAAACGAUUUUAAGAACAUUACAAUUUCAGGAGGAUCCUUGGACACCUUGUACAGUUUUGCAAGUUGCUCUGGGCUUCAUUUAAUCUUUGGACUUAAUGCCUUAUUAAGGAAAAAUCAUGUAUGGGACAGUUCAAAUGCUCAAAAGCUCCUUAAGUACUGUGCAUGGAAACAAUAUAACAUGUCCUGGGAACUUGGCAAUGAACCCAACAGUUUUAGAAGGAAAGCAGGUAUAAAAGUUCGUGGCACCCAGCUUGGAAAGGACUUCCAGCACCUGUAUAGUCUACUGCACAUGUUCAGGACAUUCAACCACACAGGACUGUAUGGGCCUGACAUUGGGCAACCUCGGAAACACCCGAUUAUUACCAUGCUGAAAGGAUUUCUUGAGACUGGAGGGAAAGUUCUUGAUGCGGUCACCUGGCACCAUUAUUAUGUGAAUGGGAGGAACACAUCACUGAAGGACUUCCUGAGCCCCCAGGUGUUAGACAGCCUUGUGUGGAGAAUUAAGGAAAUUCUUAAGGUUGUGGCUAAAACUGUUCCCGGUAAGAAAGUAUGGUUGGGUGAGACCAGUUCAGCUUUUGGAGGAGGAGCUCCUGACCUAUCGGAUAAAUUUGUAGCUGGUUUUAUGUGGUUGGACAAACUUGGGCUGUCCGCUAAACUGGGUAUUGAUGUUGUCAUCAGGCAGGUUUUGUUUGGGGCAGCAUACUACCAGCUGGUGGAUUGGCAUCUUGAUCCUUUGCCCGAUUACUGGCUUUCCCUAAUUUAUAAAAAACUGGUAGGCACCAAGGUACUGAAUGUAUCUGCUACACACAGUGAUGGAAACAAGGGAACUCUGCGUGUGUACAUGCACUGUACCAAUCCCAAUAGUGAAACCUAUCAAAAGGGAGCUGUGACGAUGUUUGCUUUGAACUUGAGUACCCAAGACAAGCAGAUCCUUCUGCACUUUGGCCUGUUCAACAAAAUUACUCAGUUCUUGCUGCAACCUGGUGAAAGUGAGGAAGGAUUAUAUUCACAGUCCGUUAAACUCAAUGGUCAGCUACUCAAGAUGGUGGAUCACAGGACCUUGCCUGUUAUCAAGGGUAAAGCACUUCAGGCAAGAAGUCCAAUCAUUCUCCCUGCACAAUCUUAUGCAUUCUAUGUGAUUCAAGAUGCCAAUGCACCAGCAUGUCUAUGAACCAACAUCAACACAAUGGAUUUGUAGUGACUCACCGUCCGAGCAAGCGAACCAGCUCGGCGGUCAGGUCACGCGUCGUCGGAGCGGCGAGGCCCAAGAUGGCAUUGGGCCUUCGUCUUCCCCGAGCAACAGGGAGAACCCGCACGCGGGGAAGGUUUGAUGAUGUAACGUAUAUGUCAUUUCCAUUUUCGGUGGGUGGGAACAGUCUCUCCUAAAAGGCCCGUGCAAGGCGGGAAAAUAAACCAGUUCUUGUUCUGAAA